AUGGAUGACGAAGCCCGCCAAGCGCUAGCCAGCAUGAAGAUGCCGCGCCGCCCCAUCAACUUCGUUCCGGCUUCAUCUGGCGAGAUUCUCAAACUAGGCCACAUCACGUGCCGUAUCAUGGAAGACGGCUCACGAACCGACAACCGCAUAGGCAGCGCCGAGUUUACUCUGCCGCCAAAUACUCCGGGUCCGCCUGCGCACUGGCACGAGAUGCAUGAUGAGACGUUUUUGGUUACUCAGGGUGUGGUUAGGUUCCACGGCCCAGACGGCGAAAUAAUCGACGCCCACGUAGGCGACUACAUCACGGCCCCGAUCCGCGCACCUCACACAUUUUCAAAUCCAACCAACGAGCCCGCCAAAUUCUUCAACACAUACACGCCAGCCUUUUAUAUUGAUUACUUCAAGAUAUUGGCGGAAAUUAGCAAGACGGAUGAGCGCAUGAGCAAGGAAAAGAACCUCGAGGUUAUGAGUCGAUUUGCGACGAUGCCGGCCAUGGAGAUGAUGGCGGAGCAAGGGAAGAAGUGAUGAAAAGGCAGAGGGAGUUCUGGUAGCCAUAAAGACCGUAGCAAGAUCAUAGGUUGUCAAUCGAAAUAAGAAUAAACAUUUUCAAAUUGUUUUUUCUGGUAUGGGGAGAUACAAUUUCCCAACACAUCUUCUAGACUAUGAAGACAUGCGCAUAUACAAAACAAUAGCCUUCGAGAUCUCCUUAGUAGAAGAAAACUAGUUUGAAAGA